AAAGCCCUAAAUCUACAUCCGGCGAAUUCAAAGGCGAUGGCCGCCGCCCGGAUUUCUGUUCCGAUCAGUAGAUUCCGGCGUCAUCAUCGUCAAUAAGUUCGAGUCGGUGACGUUUUCUUGGCGUCGUCAGCGGCAAGAGUUCUCAUUACUGUUAUUUUUACUUAUAUAGAGUUGAUCUAAUCGAACCCUAAUCUUUGUAUCAGAAGGGUAAGACAGUUCCUAUAAUGGAAUCAACUCCUCCUAGAUCGAUGUACCUUACUGGAUUUGAGGAUGAGGAUUUAGACCGUAGACGGAUUCAGAAACUCGCAAAGCUCGAAAAUGAGCUGUUUGAUUACCAGCACAAUAUGGGUCUUCUCUUGAUUGAAAAGAAAGGGUGGGCAUCGAAAUUUGAAGAACAGAGACAAGCGUUAGUUGAGGCGAAAGUUAUUCUCCAGAGAGAACAAGUAGCUCAUCUCAUGGCCUUAUCUGAGGUUGAGAAACGAGAAGAAAACUUGAGGAAGGCCUUAGUUCAUGAGAAGCAGCGUGUGAUUGAUCUGGAGAAAGCUUUGAAUAAGAUGCUUUCAAACAAUGAAGAAAUCAACUCUGCGUCUGAUUCAAAGUUGACCAAGGCAAAUGCUCUUGUCAUGAAUGUUGAACAGAAGUCGUUGGAAGUUGAAGCAAAAUUACAUGCUGCUGAUGCUAAAUUUGCAGAAUUGAGCCGGAAGAAUUCGGAGAUAGAGAGGAAAAUGUGUGACAUUGAGGCUAAAGAGAAUGCACUUCAAAGAGACCGUCUAUCAUUGAAUUCAGAGCGCGAUGCUCACAAAAAUGGCAUUUAUAAAGAGAGAGAAGAAUUACAAGAAUGGGAAAUUAAACUGAAACAAGAAGAUGAUAGACUGUCUGAAUUAAGGAAGAUACUUAAUCAAAGGGAAGAAAGAACAAAUGAGAAUGAUCGGUCCUUCAAGCAGCAACAAGGGGAACUUGAAGUUUUGCAGAAGCAGAUUGAUGUAGCUAACACAUCUUUGAAAAUGAAGGAAGAUGAUAUCUCCAGGAGGCUAGUUAACCUCACCAUUAAGGAGAAGGAAGCCGAUGCUUUGAAGAAUCACCUAGAGAUGAAAGAAAAAGAAUUAUUUGCAACAGAGGAAAAGCUUAGUGUCAGAGAAAAGAUUGAAAUCCAAAAGCUACUGGAUGAGCAUAAGGUCAUGCUUGACACAAAGAAACAAGAAUUUGAGUUGGAAAUUGAACAGAAAAGGAGAGCUGUUCAUGAGGAGUUGAAAAACAGAGCAGGUGAAAUUGAAAAGAGAGAAGUUGAAGUCAAUCACUUGGAGGAGAAAAUUGUAAAAAAAGAGCAAGCACUUGAACAGAAACUCGAGAAAUGUAAGGAGAAAGAGAUAGAUUUUGAAUCAAUGUUGAAAUCUCUGAAGGAAAGGGAGAAAUUUGUCAAAGAUGAAGAGAGAAAGUUGGAGAAUGAGAAGAAAACAAUUCUUGUGGAUAUCGAGAAAGUGACCAAUCUCAAAAUAGAGAUAAAGAAGUUAAGAGAUGAAACUACAGAACAGCGAUCAAAGAUAAGUGAAGAGAGGGAUCAACUUACACUAACCAAGGAAGAAAGGUCAGAACACUUGUGUCUGCAAUCAGAGCUAAAGCAGGAGAUUGAAAACUGUAGGUUUCGAAGGGAACUACUUGUGAAAGAAACCGAGGAGCUAAAGAAGGAAAAAGAGAUGUUUGAGAAUGAGUGGGAAGAAUUGGACGAGAAAAGAGUUGCCGUUGGUAAAGAGCUUGAAGAUCUCACUUGUCAAAAGGAAAAUUUUGAAAAGCAAAAACGAUUGGAGGAAGAGAAACUGAAGGAUGAGAAGUGCACCUCAGAAGAGUAUGUUAAGAAGGAGCUGGAAACUCUCAAAGCAGAUAAAGAGUCUUUUGCUACCACCAUGGAAAAUGAGAAGGCAGCUUUAGCUGAAGAAACACAAAAUGAAUUGAGAAAAAUGCUUCAAGAAUUCAAGGCUAAGAAUAUAGAGCUUGAGAGAGAAAUGAGGAAGAAAUGGGAUGAUAUGGAAAACCGCCAGUGUGUAAGGGAAAAGAAGUUUGAGGCAGAAAAAGAGAAAGAAAUGACCAACAUAGUUUACUUAAGGGAAGUUGCACGAAGAGAAAUGGAUGAAAUGAAAUUAGAAAGAUCAAAGCUAGAGAAGGAGAAACAAGAGACUGCAACUAAAGAGAAGCAUCUUGAUGGGCAGCGAUUCGAAAUACAAAACGAUAUUGAUCAGCUAGUUGGAUUUAGCAAGAAGUUGAAUGAUCAACGCCAACAACUUGUUAAGGAAAGAGAACACUUCAUCUCCUUAAUUGAGAAACAAAAGAAUUGUACAACUUGUGUGAAAAUUGCCUCUGAUUUAUUGGCUCCUGAUGAUGUGGCGUCUCCUUCUGGCAAAACAACAUCCUGGCUUCAGAAAUGCUCCUCAAAGAUACUCGAGUUUUCGCCAAUUAAAAAGGUUGAAUUAGCUUCUCCUGAAAAUUUGCCUGGUCCAGAUCUAUCUGUUGAUAAUGUAAAUGGAAAGGCUGAGGAAAAUCCUAAAGGGAGAAAUCAAGGCAAAAGAAGCAAACCGAGGAUGAACAGGACACAUUCGGUGAAGGCAGUUGUGGAGGAAGCGAAGUCUAUAUUGGGGGACAACGCAGAGCUGAAUAAUAAUGAUGAACACAGAGAAGAAUCUGUUUCUUUGAAUGAAAGUAAACCUAGGAAUUUGCGAAAACGGACCCUUCAUACUCCUCAAUCCACAACUAGUGAAUGCCAUUCUGAAAGCGUGUCUAUUGAUGGACGCAAGAGAAGAAGAAAGACUGUUGAAGUUGCAGAUUCAUUGGAAGGAAGCCAACGGUAUAAUCUCAGAAGACGCAAAAACAAUGAUGCUGUGAAGGCAAAUGAAGCCGUUCCUAGCCAAAAGGAGAUAGGACAUGAAAUUUCCAACUCUAUUGCUGCAGUUUCCCAUUCAAUCAGUCUUGCUGGCAGUGAGAAUGGAAGGAGCACACAAUAUUUGCAGUUCGAAGCUGCUGCAACAAGUAAGUUGGUUGAGAAGGAAAUUUUGAGUGACGAUGAGGUUGAUGAAACACCAACAGAGACAAAGGCAUUCGACGACGAUAAUGAUGAUGAUGAGAAUGAUGGUGAGUACGAAGAAGAUGAGAAUGAAGGUGAAGUCACAAUAGGAAAGAAGCUGUGGACUUUUUUCACUACAUGAUAAUGGGAGUCCAAAAACAUUUGUAAGUUUUAGUUUUUGUACUGUUUAGAUUUUUUUUCUAGUAUUUAAAAACAGUGGAGAUUUAGGUAUUGUUGAAGAUUUGAUUGUACAUGGUGAGAUUUGAUUGAUUUGAUGAUAUGUUUUGGCCAAUAAGCAUAAGGAAACUGUCUGGGCUGGGCUAUGCUGGUUUUUGAAAAUUUCUUUUAGAUUGAUUUGUUGUUCUAAAACAGAUAUAGAUCAUAUUCAUUUCAUUGUGUUUCUGUUA